UAGGAGGGUCUUCUUAGAUGCCCUCCUAUACAGAGGCACCUUCUGAGUCUGAGGAGGAGGAGUAUGUUCCUGAUGGCGAGGAGGAGGAGGCCGAGGAGGAGGGUGAGGAGGAGGAGGCCGAGGAGGAGGGUGAGGAGGAGGCCGAGGAGGGUGGAGGGGAGGUUGAUCCCGCGUUGUGGGGUGACUUGCCACCGGGUUCUUCGCAGGGGUGGCUGCGUGGUAAUGCCGGACUACCUACACCACCUUCUAUCGAGGAGCACAAGUGGCUCAUUGAACCUGUGGGGACAGAAAACUGGAUCCUUCACGGAAAGGGCCGUAAACCGAACGGCCUUAUCACUGUCCUGUUGAAGGAUUUUUGGCCUGGCCUAUUCUGCCCGCGGCCAGACAGGGACCUGCAGCAGCGGGUUUUGGCCACGAGCUGGGCCCACUACGAGGCUUGCAGCAACGCGGAGUACGGGACGACCGCUAAGGCCGUGAUCACCAAAUUUUGGCAACUCUAUAGAGUUCUUGACGAGCACAAGGCCAGAGCCGACGUGGUCUUGCUUGCGGCUGCGAAGAAGAAAGCUCGUCAGUUGCAGUACGAGGUGCGCUGGGUUGCCGUCUCGCAGUACUACCACUACUACCUGCACCAAAAGAUGACCAAAACUCAAGCGCAGAAGCUAUGACUUACCUUGAGCAAGGAGCAGUUCAUGAUGGUUGUUCCUCGUUGGUGCUAUGGAAGGCAUGACGGAUGGGCGAGUUUGGUGGAUAGGUGGCUCGGCGCCGAUGCAGAGUUUGCUGCCAAGAGCAUCAAGGCCCGGGCUAACCGUGGAGACGACGGGACACACGGCCAAGGAAACAGGAACCACUGGGGCUUCAAGGCCAUGAAGGAGGACAAGUUGAAGAGGCCGCUCUCAGACAUGGAGUCGUGGAAGCUGGCCCGCGAGCAGAGUCAUCGCAAGGAGGGCGAGAGCCAGUACUACGGCAAGACCGAGGAGCACCUGGGGUCUUACAUCCAUCAC